CUGAAGAGGCAUUCGACAGACGUGAAGGAUGAUUAACUAUCAAUGUUUAUGACUUUAGCGGAGUGUCUGCACCCUAAAUUAUGGAAGAAGGAUCGGAAAGGAUUUCUACACCGAUCCGCUCACCUUCAGAAAAAGAUUCUGUAAUUCUUAGCCGUGCCAGUGCGGCCAGUUCGCCCUUUGGCUUUCGCAAGGCUGCGCUCAGCCCUCCGACUGGCAUUUUACGAAGAGAGUCCACAGGGUCUUUAUCACCCGAAGAUGACUUCUUUCACAGUGCUCAGGAUAAGGAAGACGAUGAGGGGUUUGAUACUGACCUGGAGAUGGAAGAAGGUAAAGAAGAGUAUGAUGUAACUGGAAGAGCAACUUAUCUCCAAGCUUGCAGGGAUUCUGGUGUCAUUCCAGUUUCAUAUUUUCAUCGAAACUUGCAACAACCUGACAUUGACAUCAAGCAUCAUGGCUUAGGACCAAUGGGUGCUAAGGCAAUAGCUAUAGCUCUAGUGACUAAUACAUCAGUUAUCAAGUUAAACCUGGCAGAUAACUGGAUUGGUUCAGAGGGAGCUGGAUAUAUUGCUGAAAUGCUACGAGAAAAUUGUUACAUUGCUGACCUGGAUUUAUCAGAAAACAAACUGGGUGCAGAUGGAGCAGAAUCUGUGAAAGACAUAUUACUUCAUAACUCAAAUAUCACCAGAUUUGUUGCAAAUGGCAAUGGUUUUGAUGACAAGGCUGUUCAGAUUCUGGCAGAAGCUAUAAAGAAUAAUACCAAAGUGAAGUAUUUUAGCUUGAGUCAUAACCAGUUGGGAGAAAAAGGUGGCCAGAAUUUAGCCCCUGCAAUAGCUGCAAAUGAUAAAAUUGACCAUUUGGAUCUGAGCUGGAAUCAUUUGAGAAAUAAAGGGGCUUGUGCUGUGGCAUUAUCUCUGAAGGAGAAUUUUACUCUUAAAAUUCUUAACUUAGCAUGGAAUGGAUUUGGAAAUGAUGGGUCUUUAGCCAUGGGGGAAGCGCUAAAAGUGAACACAACGUUAAGAGAGUUAGAUCUGACGAAUAACAGAAUAACAGCGGAAGGUGCAGUGUAUUUGGCGAAAGGUUUAAUGGUUAACACGUGUCUUCAGGUGUUAAAGAUCGGAAAGAACCCGAUGCAAAGUCCUGGAGCGUAUGCUCUUGUGAACGCCAUGAAAAAUAAUCUGGAAUCAAAAUUGAUUGAGGUUGAGCUGACGGACAUCACGGUUAAUAAUGACUUUGUGGAGUUAUGUAAGGAAGUGCAGCAACUUAGACCUGACAUGAAAAUUAGACACGGAGGAACAGGGGGUGCACCAUUUAAACCCAAGAAUCGUCCAACGCCCAUGAAAAUACUAAAGAAUUACAUAGAGGAUAAUAAGAUGCGACUGUUGGAUCUGUUCAAUACUCUGGACAAGGAUAAAAGCAUGAAUAUCACUGUGAAAGAAUUUGCUGAUGGAUUAAAGGAAACCGGAAUUGACAUGAAUUAUAUAGAGCUGUACAAACUAAUAGAGAGCUUAGACAGAAACAAAGAUGGCGAAAUUAAUUACAGUGAACUGGUGAUGGGUUCUUUAGAGCAACAAAUAGAAGACCGGAAGGAAAAGAUCAAAGAAAAGGCGCAAAGUGCGCGGAGGAAAAAAAUUUUAUCACCCUCAUGAUAAUGUUUAUUUUCCCAAACUGUGAACUCUUUACUGUUUACUUCACAACGUCCAAUCAGAGUGAAGGUGAAUAAGGAACCAGUGAGAACUCAAAGAAAAAAUCAAGCAAACGUCCAAAAGCGCGGGAAAACGAGAGUAACGUAGUUGUGAGUAGUUUUGAUCAGCGUGAUGUGAUUGGUUGAGAGGGUGGCGCGGGUUUCCAGGAGUGUGAAGUAACUCCUAACCAAAGCUAUGGCGGGUCACUUUCGAAAAUCAAUCAAAAAUUGCUGUUAGGAAAGGUAAUUCUUACAACUUGAG